AUGGACGAGAAACAACCCGCCAACUGGGACCUGGACACCGAUGAGAUCGCAUCUGUGGCAUCAGAAGACUUGUACGAGAACAGGCCAAACCGUUGGACGGGGCCUGCGUCGACAUGGAGGGAACUUACCCGCGAGGAGCGACUUCUCUGGCGGUCCAUGCAACAGCUUGCUGACAGGGACCUGGCUGUGCAUUUGUACGACACGUUUGCUUUGAAGAGGCAAGGGAGAGACCAGGCGACCGCGCAGGGCCUCACUGUUUGGACGCAAGAUGGACAGCAACAGACUGUCUGGGCGCCGCCGAAAAUGUGGACGGCAUGGCCACUCAAAGAGGAGCAUGUCCCGACCGAAGGGCUGUUUCCGAUACAACAUGACGAAGAAGAGAGGUUCACGUUGCGCAAACGGGAGAAUAGGAUGCCCAGUACGGAGCUUCGGGAUGAGCUCGCCGCGACAGUGUUGCGCCUGGCCAAGGAACGAUAUCGCCGACGGUCGAGGCACCCUGCGCCGCACCCGUCUAUUGAGAGCCCUUCUAGCCCGUUGCCGACUCGAUCAGGAGACCAGUCUGAAGAUGAAUCUUCUCUGCCCUCCUCUCCUCCUGUACCGAGUACGCGAUCGGGGAGGGACAGCAUGUCUGUCGACCAUGGCGAGGAUGGGUCCGGUGAGGACAAGGAAGAUGAGGACUUGGAAAAUAUUCACACCAGACAAGAAAAUACAUACAGACCGACUGUAUCCUCGAAUGACGACCUGUCGAAUCAUCUCCUCCGUCCUUCUGUCCGCCACAUGCUCACACAGCUUGACCGCACCCUCACCAUUCUGCACAACGCCCGCGUCGCUGGCCUCAGCUACCUCUCUGCAUCAGAAUCCUCCACAGAAGAAGACUCCGAGGCAGGCACACAUCGAAACAGAGGUAGAAGGGGUCGUCCAAGGCGUACUCCGCAGCCCGGAGAAGCGCCUUCAUCCUCGGAGCAACGUAAUCUACGGGGCUCCAGACGUCGGGGCCGGCCGCGCAAGAUCCACACGCCUCGACAGGGCGAGACGGAAGAGGAAAUGCGGCACCGUGUAGCUAGGGAAGGGCACAGAAGGCUGCCUGUCACGGCUGCAGAGAAAGAUGCCGCGUUUGAAGCGUGGCUCGAGCAAGGUUAUCGCCGCGAGCGUGAGCGAUCCGGUUCAACGGCGCAGUCGGAAGCGUCUAUCCCACAGAUAGUCACUGGCGAAACCAACGUUGAGAGGAAGCUACGUAGAUGGGGUCUGAGAGACUGGAGCGAUGUCCUUGGAGCUGCUGCACUGGCGGGAUUCUCUGAUUCCGUCAUAGCACGCACUGCCAAGCGAUGCGCCGAUCUUUUUGGUCAGGGCAUGGUUAUCAGACGUCUAGACGAAGUCCCUUCCGCACGAGUUCCGCCGUUCAUCAGCAAAGAGUACCGCCCCUCAAAAAUCCAACUUGCGUCGUCUUCGGCUGAAUCCGAGUCGGAACCCGCGCCAACCCUCUCGCAGCGCCGUAUCACAUCCCGGCAGGCAUCUCUCGCUCGAUCUUCCCGAGGGCCCUCGCCUGCCACCCCUCGCCGCCGGUCUCUUUCGCGUUCCGGUUCCCGCUCAUGUUCCCGCUCCUCGGCAGGGCUGCUCUUCUGCCCGAUUCCGGUGUGUGAUCGUGCAGCCAAGGGUUUUUCGAGACGAGCCAAUCUCCGUCGCCACAUGAACCUUGUUCAUCCGGGCCACGCAUCAGGGGAUGAUGAUUCGGAUGACGAGGUGGUGGGUGCCGUACAUACUGAUGGAUUUCUGAAGACAAUUCACCCGAGCAGAGGGUGGAGAGGCGAGGACGUGCUUGUGAGAAAGAGAAAGAGGUACUACGGGAGGAGCUCGUCGUGA